UCAUUUGCAUAUUUAUACCUCAGAAAUCAGCUUGGCUCCCCAGCUAGCUAAGAAAAGUAGGGGGUAUAAAAGCAGUUUAAAUCUAAUGUCAAUAGCUUCAUUUGCCUCUAACCACGCCACUCAUCAACAGGACUAAACUACAAUGUCGUCUCCAACAUACGAACAAACACAAACGGCAAUAAGGUUUGUGGCGAGCGUCAUACACGAAUUGCGUCAACGAUUCGACAAACCGACGAACCAGAACGAUGUGCCGGUUCAGCCUGUGCUGAAGAAGAAGCAGAAAGAACUGCUUUUUUUCAGGGAGUGUUCGAAGCGUUUAGGAAAGAAAAUUCUCGUGCGGAUGCAGCAAUGGAGCGCGCCUCAACUUCUCAACGACAGGAAGAAAAUUCCGGUGAAGUGGUGUGAUCGUCCAAGCUCGCAAUAUGGCUGUCAGGAUACCAAUUCCGCUCCAGACUUUUUGUCAGAAAAGUCCAAACGGGAAACCAUUGCGGAGCUUGAUGCUGAGGAGAAAUUGUCUGUGUACUGCAAUAAGGCAAUAACUAGAUCGGCGUCUACCGGAAAUGUCAACUCCCCGAGCACUCCAGUAUCAGUUCCAACAAUAACAAGAUCGGCGUCUGCUGGCAAUUUGGGAGCAAGGACAUUUGAAGAUUCCUUCUUCAGUUCUUCCACCGCUCGACAACAGCCUAUGUUCUCUUCUACUAGCGCACCCCUCGAAAUUCCUCAUUCUGAAGUGGAGUCUGUUCCUUCUUCUAUCCUGUCUUCUGCCUGUUUGCUUACUCGACUACAAGCGCGAGAGAAAGUUUGUAAAUCCUGUCGUCGUGCAGGGCCGCAAUAUGACAUCUUUUUUGGAUGUCGUCAUACCAAAUCCUGCCCAGGUCUCCUCGAGUAUCCGCCCGAGAUGAUGAAGUUUCUUGUCGACUGCGAGGAUAUAACUGGCCAAAGACAUCCUACUUUCUCCACAAAAAGGGCCAUGGAAAUCGCGGAGGAGUGCGAUGUUGAGGAACAAUGUAAGCUGCAAAAUUUCGAGUUCUACACUCAAAAUGAUCCUUUACAUUUUUAAGCGUCAAUGAACUCUGUUGGUGAUUGUAAUCGACCUUACUGCUGCUGUAGCCUACAACUUGCCAGGCACUACGACUACCUCUUUCCACUUGAUACUCCUUCACGUGAUGCUUUAACCGCAGAUGAUAGAAGCGCCAAGACAGCCAGCAAAUUGGUAUUCUCUCCUGAUGACUACUUUGGCCAGU